AUGUCGGCACCAAGAAACCCUCCCUUUAGAGCCGAGCAUCUAGGCUCCCUCAAACGUCCAGACAACCUUCUCGCCGCCCGCCGUGACGUACACGAGCAUAAAGCAGCUUCAGACUCUCUCCCAAGCAUUGAAGACCAAGCCAUCAAGAAUAUUGUCAAAAUCCAACAAGAUUGCGGCUUCCACGCCAUCAGCGAUGGAGAGUAUCGUCGCCACAUGUUCUGGGGCACUUUCUUCCCUUCUUUGAAAGGCUUCACCGAAAUCCAAGGACCCGAUGCCAAUAUCUUCCGUCCUUAUGUUCCUGAUAUUGCUGCCUUCCUCGAAGAAGACCAUGUACCCGGAGAGACUGUGAUUUGUACCGGAAAGAUCGAACAUACUGGGAAGAGCAGUUAUAUCGAGCAAUUCGAGUAUUUGAAGAGUAUUGUUCCUAAGGAGCAGUGGGGUAACAUCAAGCUCACUCUCGCCGCACCCAAUUGGUAUCAUUUGAGAUACAAGACUGGCAAAGCUUACCCAAAGGAGGUAUACGCCAACGAUCAGGAAUAUUUCCACGAUAUCGCCAAGGCAUACCAGACAGAGCUUCAAAUCCUCUAUGAUGCAGGAUUGAGAAACGCUCAAGUCGAUGACCCUAACCUUGCUUAUUUCUGCUCCGAAGCCAUGCUCGACGGCUGGAAAGCCGACAAAACAAACACCCAAACCGCAGACGAGCUUUUCGACACCUACAUCUCCUUCUACAACUCCUGCUUCCAGCGUCCUUCAGACAUGCACCUCGGAAUCCACCUCUGCCGCGGAAACUUUGUAAAUUCGCGUCAUUUCAGCGAGGGAGGUUACGAUCGGAUCGCCACGAAGCUGUUCCAAAACCUCAAUGUCAGCACCUAUUAUCUCGAAUACGAUACCCCUCGCGCUGGAGGCUUUGAACCGCUGAAGAAUUUGCCGAGAGAUAAGUUUGUGGUGUUGGGUGUGGUGACUAGCAAGUUCCCUGAGUUGGAGGAUAAGAAGGAGAUGGUUGAUCGCGUGUACAAGGCUGCGCAGUAUGUGGCCCAGGGAUCGGGUGAAAGCAAAGAGCAGGCUUUGCAGAGGAUUGGGGUUAGUCCUCAGUGUGGAUUUGCUAGUCACAGCGAGGGUAAUUUGUUGACUUAUGAUGAUAUGGUUGAGAAAUUGAAGUUGGUUAGGGCGAUCGCUGAUGAGGUUUGGCCGGGUGAGAUUUGAUCUUGGUUCAUCCUUAGGGAACAACACAAUGCUUGGAUGAAAUACUUGGAGAAUCUUUAACGAGAAGCUUGUUACUACAUGAAGAAUGAGAUGUUUGUUCCUCUAGAAACCCAUGACAGCCACCAGCAGAGAUCCGGACAGGAGCAAGACUGAAACGCCUCCAAAGUUACUAGCAUCACCAGUAUCGCCACCAGAGCCAGUCGUAGAGUCACAGCUACCUGUGUAGUUACCGUUCAUGGCCUGAGUUGUGUUCGAGGGGUUACAUGUCAAAGCAGCUGCAGCCUCAGGAUCCGUGAAGACAGGACCAAUGUCACCGGCCAGACCUCCAGCAAUCGAGUAUGGCGUGCAAGCCUCAACAACCAUAUCCUCCAAGUCGCCCCCAUCACAACCUGAGAG